AAUGAUGGAAGGAAAAGCGAUUCACAGCGAAUCGCGUUCUUAUUGGUGGGUUGCAGUCAACGGUUUCUUGAUACUGCUCAUCGAGAGCGGUAUUCGACCAAUGCUUGUCAUCUAUUUCAACUCUUUUCAACAGGAAUUGAUGUGCUCCAAAGGCACAUUCUCAACUAUUAUUGCCGUCAUUAAUGCAGCAAGUCUCAUUUCAGGUCCAGUCUCAUCUUUCAUGUAUCGACUUUAUGGUGCUCGCUUAAACAUAUCUGCUGGUGCAAUAAUGGCAGCAUUGGGAUUUGUAUUAAUAUCGUUCAGUUCUUCAAUUAUCUUCAUCAUCAUUACUGCGCUUGUCAUUGGUGUUGGCUGUGGCACGAUAAGAACCGCAAUCGUUUCGGUUCAAUGCGAAUAUUUUUCGAAGAAUCGUAACUUUGUGAUGGCGUUUAUUUUUGUUGGACCUGGUAUAGGUCAAUUCCUAUUCGCACAAAUUUUGAAUCGAUUAAAUAACUGGGUGAGAUACCACUAUCGACUUACCAUAACUAUCACAAUUCUUCCAAGUCCAGUGUUUCUCACGCUUAGAAGCUCCACUGCCCUCUUCGAUGGUCUGGCAAGCCAUCAAUGA